GUCAAACUUUUUGCUCAGUUGCCUCGCAGUCGCGCGCUCUCUUAGACGCUUUCGCUCCCUCCCGAUCGACCCGCUCCACUCCGCUCCGCUCCGCUCGUGUGCAUAUGGCUAAUUAACUGAAUGUCAAAGACUCCCCAAGACGCGCGCGCGCACUCUGGUGGCGUUACAUUGUGAAACUCUUCAAUCCGAUACGGAUCGGAAAAGCCCAGAGGCAGAUGGUUCUCGUUCCAUAAAAGCGCAUGCCCGCUGCGAUAUUGGUUUCACUUUACGCCGGCUAAGGCACAGGCACAGGCACAGGCAUAGGCUCAACAUUAAACCUCUCUGUCUCUCCGAUCAAAGCAAAUCAUAAACUUAAGCCUGAGAGCUGAAUUCGGACUCGAAACCGAAAACAACAACAACGGUUCAUCAGAAACUAAAGUGAAAAGCAAACCGACUAAUUGAAGUGCCUGUCUUCCACUCUCCCUCCAUAUCUCGCUCUCUUCGUUUCGCAAGCGUGCAAGGGAAACAAACAAAACGGAAUAAAAAGCCCAUCGGAGCCAAAGAGCCACCGCACAAAAUAUUUAUAAAUAUAUUAACCAAACGACAACUACGACGGCAGCAGCGACAGCAACAACUACAACUACAACAACAACUACAACUAAAACAUCGUCAUUAUCAUCAUCAACAAUACGACCACUACCAACAAAAGCCCGGCAUUAAUAUUUAGUCGUGCCAGUUUAUUUAUUUUAUAUACGGAUUUUAUAUACGCCAAGCUCAUAAAAAGCAGCUACAACAACUGCGGAAAGAAAAAACAAAAAGUUGAAGCAAUAAGAAAAUCGGUAUAAGCCCCAGACCAAGCGAUCAUCGCCGCCGCUAUAUACACUUGUACCUGUAUACCAAAACCCGACACAGACGGCUGCCCCCCAGAGCCGUCCACAGAAUCCCCUAUACCAUACAGGAGUACGAGAAUACAGAGCCGAUAUCGGACAAGAUGCCGCCCAUGUGGUACCAGCUGAUCAAAAUUUUGGUGCUCCUCUUCGCCCUCUUUACCACGAUAGUUUGUAUCAAUAGCGAAAUAUCGAAACGACGUGAAGCUGAGGCAGCGGCAGCGGCUGCAGCUGCAGAAUUGGCCGCCAUGGCAGCUGCCGGAGCUGCGGGAGGCGGAGGCCCUCCCAACUCCACAGAUAUGUCCGACUUUAUGUCCGAUAAUCUGCUGGACAUCCUACGGAACAUGGCCAAGGAGCAUCCAGACAUACAGGAAGGAAGGGAUCAUCAGUUGCGGCCGGAGGAGUUGCCCGCCACGGAUCUCGAUGUACUCAUUACUGAGAUUUUCAAGGUGACCGACGACGCAGGUGUACAUAUUUUUGAUACAACGAUAACGGACAAUGCACCCCUCAUGCCCAUACACACCAUGAUCGACCACCAGUCCCAGCCCCAGCAACCGACACAGCCACAGUCUAAGCCACAGGCACAGCCACAGCCACAGCCAAGCCAUUACCAUCAAUAUCACAGCCUGAGCCAACAAGAUCAAUACUUCAAAGUGCAGCGCUCACCGGACGGCAAGCUGAAUCUCGUCUUUAACGAUACGUUCGUCUCUUUGCAGGGGACCAAUCCGACAACGGUGCCAGAGCAACAGGAUCAGGCCCAAAGGACGCGACAGCCGCCAGAGAACCCUAUUGUCUUUCCCGAUUCAGCAGUCAUGCACCACAUGAAGACCACCACGCCGCCGGUGAUCAAGAGGGAUAUACCGCAGUGCGUCGAGGAUCAAGCCAAUCACAAAUCCAAAUCCUUCUGCACCCAGGUCGAGAACUAUCCGGAUCUGUCGCUCAUCAAGGGAAAACUGUCGCAGAACUUCUCCAAUUUCUUCAGUGAUCCCGAGCCCGUUCCCGUGGAUAUCAGUUCGCGAUUGGGCCCCAAUGAUGAGGUUUUCCUGUGCAGGAGCCGUCGGAGGUACCUGUACCCCAAGUCGGGCCUGAAGUCGGACAACACCUGGCAGUUCAUAGUCAACAACGAUGAGUUCAAGCAAGGCAUACUGAUCGAAGAGUGCGAGAACGAGGAAAUGCCCUGUGACUACUCCUUGAGCUUUCCGCAGCGAUAUAAGCCCAUCUGCAAGCAGCACUACGUGUUGCGAAUGCUGGCCAGCAUCCGCAAUACGAGCGGCGAGCUGGAUGUGGGACAGGAGUCCUUCAAGAUACCCUCCUGCUGCAAGUGCGUGCUCAAAGUCCUCUAAGCGAGUUAUUGAGUCGCUCGAGUAGCUGCGAAAAUGUGAUUUGGAGCACAAAAGUUUCACCCACCACAGGAUGGCAGGCCAAACUGUCCAGGGGUCGUUGUUUUAUAAUUUGUAUUUUAAUGCACAAAACAUAUGUAUAAUCCACCCAUGGAAUAAUGCUGAUCCAAGGCAGAGUCCGCUUUGAGUUAAGGCACUUUAAUUUCGUUCUUCAUCGAGUCAGUGUAAACAUAUUCGUGUCAUAUCUCCGCGACUGGUUUCCCUGUGUCCAGUGUCUAAGCUAAGCUGCAUGCAAUUAUAUUGUAGUCCUAGAGUACGAGAAAUCAUUAGAAAAAUGUAUGUUUAAAAAAAUAUAAUGUACAAUAAAUGUAUGCAAGUACAUGACAACAAAG